ACUGCGGCUGCUCAGUACGCUCUGCUGGCGCACACAGGUCUACAGCCCGCCUCUGCGGCGGAGGGGAAGCCUGGAACGCGACAAGUCUCCGCCCCGCGGUGCAGCUAGGGGGUGUGCUUUAGGGGUACAGGGUUUAGCUAAGGAGGAGGAGGACCCCGGGUCGCGCUGCGCUCUGCCCUUCCCUUGUUUCCUGGCACCAAGGCUGCACGAACCCAAGGGUGAUCCUCCCCCCCCUCCCCUUGGGCCUAAUAUGAUACUAACCAAAGCCCAGUACGAGGAGAUAGCCCAGUGCCUAGUGUCUGUACCGCCCACCAGGCAGAGCCUGAGGAAGCUGAAGCAGAGGUUCCCCAGUCAAUCGCAGGCCACUCUGCUGAGCAUCUUCUCCCAGGAGUACCAGAAGCAUAUUAAGAGAACACAUGCCAAACAUCACACUCCAGAAGCGAUUGAAAGUUAUUACCAGAGGUACCUGAAUGGCGUGGGGAAGAAUGGAGCGGCCCCUGUGCUCCUGGAGCUGGCCAAUGAGGUGGACUGUGCACCCUCAUUAAUGGCUCGGAUUAUCCUGGAGAGAUUUCUACAGGGGCAUGAACAGACUCCACCCUCCAAGUCUGUUAUAAAUAGUAUGCUACGGGACCCUUCUCAGAUUCCAGAUGGAGUUCUAGCAAACCAGGUCUAUCAGUGCAUUGUGAAUGACUGCUGUUAUGGACCGCUGGUGGACUGCAUCAAGCAUGCUAUUGGCUACGAGCAUGAAGUCCUGCUGAGAGACUUGCUUCUGAAGAACAACCUGUCCUUCCUAGAUGAAGAUCAGCUCCGUGCGAAGGGCUAUGACAAAACACCAGACUUCAUUUUACAGGUGCCAGUUGCCGUGGAAGGGCACAUAAUUCACUGGAUUGAAAGCAAAGCCUCAUUUGGUGAUGAAUGUAGCCACCACGCCUACCUGCAUGGCCAGUUCUGGAGCUACUGGAAUAGGUUUGGACCCGGCUUGGUCAUCUAUUGGUAUGGAUUUAUCCAGGAACUGGACUGCAACCGGGAAAGGGGCAUCCUGCUCAAAGCUUCUUUCCCAACAGACAUUGUCACCUUAUGCCAUAGCACAGCUUGACCCUGAAGAUCCUGGAAGAGAAGCCGGAAGCAAUGUUACUUUCCUGCAGUAUAAACUGCUGGCAACAUCUGCCCUGAACUUCAGCUGAACCCUUGCCGCUGCAGUCGCGGCCCUACCUCUAGACAAACAUAUCAAGAGUUUCUGUUUUCCUUCAUCCCUAGCUGAUGUGAAUAGCCAAGAACUACAGACACAACCCACUCAUUAUCAGCAUUUCUGUCUCUGACAAACAGUUAGUUUAUAGAUAGUCAUAAUCUUGCUUCCUUCCGAAUGCUUUCUCCUUGUAUACUGAACAGAAGAAAAAGUGUAGAGACUGAAAGGUGUAAUUUUUCAAUUUUCUUCCCUGUUACUGAAUACUUUUUCUUCUAAACCUCCAUUCAUCUUUCUCUCUCUCACACUCUCUGUCCCUCUCUCUCUCUCCUCUCUCUCUCUCUCUUUCUCUCUCUCUCUGUUCACUGUGGGGGUACUCCGGUACCAUCAAGGAGUAACCUCGCACAAACCUAGAAAAGCUCGAGACAGGAAGUAACUGUUCCUUCUCACCUGGGACUAAGCAGAGCCAGACAGGAGCUUUUUCUAUGGAGCCUUGUGGCCUCCUGACUUCUGUGGCAUUCAGCCAAGCUACAAAAAAAUCCUCCUUGAUGAGAAUUUCCUCUUUUCAUAAAGCUGAUUUGAACACCAAACAUUUCACAUUGAUCUCACCUUAAAGUAUGAGUUGCAUUGUGUCUGGAAAACCAUGCUCCUUGGGCUUGGGGCUGAGGCAGAGGACUGAAACCCAGCCUCCCUGUCUACAGUGGUCCUUUAAACAUGACUGCCAGUCAACACAAUGUUAGCCACUAUUUUUUAUGAGUUGUUUUUUUAAGUCCAUUCAUAUAUACUGCUUUGUGUCUGCAUUUCAUACUAUGUAAUUGUAUAACACCCAGAUAAUUUAGACAUUAUAAAUAAUCAGCUUUGAAUGAAUUAAAUGUACCAGAAAAAUCCUAGAGUGAUUUUUAAGUAAGCAAAAUAAAAGAGUCUUUGUAUUUUAUUCAUUUUAAUUUAUUCACUUUUAUAGACUGAAGAUCAGUCUUCAGUCAGAAGCAAAACAUCAAUAAAAUAAUUAUAAACCUAUCUUUUGGAAAUUUAAAAAGUAAUCUGUAUCUCCCAAAAUAUGUAUCUUGUUAAAAAAUAUUUGCCCCCGUCCUCCUAAAAUGUAGCCUUUAUAAUAAAAAUACGACUCUUGGAAAUACCUCAA